AUGAGCGUGAGGGUGAGUGAGAGGAGGUCACCAGCCGGUGCAGUGGCAGCAGCUGGACAGCCCGAGGUGUGGGAGCGGACCAGGGUUAGCAAGAGCGCGGAGAACACCCGUGGGGAGCAGCAGAGCCGCCCACCUCCAAGGACCCUGUGGAGAGUGGAUGAGUCGGGAGAAAGUGAGCCCUUGGCCCUGGCAUUUCCUCCAGACCUCCACCUGCAGCGGAAGCAACUCUUGCCUCCUUGGGGCUGGACUAGACGACCCCCCGGAGAUUCUCCAGAACCUCCCGGAACAAAGUUGAACCCUGAGAGUCCCAUCUGGAUUGAGCCGGUCCUUCAGCCCACAGCCCUCUCCAGCAGCUCUUCCCGCAUUCAUUCGUGUAAAGGGAUGACGCAUGUGACAGCGUCGAGUGCGGAUUCAUUCGGGCUGUCACCUAGCAACGGCCUAAUGGCUCCCCUGGCUCUCAGAGCUGAGGGCACAAAGGCAGCUUUUCAGGCUCGGCCUUCUCCCGCCCACACACAGGACUUUGGGGGGCCUCUGCUUUUGCCACUGCGGCGGAAGCUAAAUGGCGUACACGAAGCAAGUUCAGGACAGACAACAAAGGGGGGCUCGGGACUGGCAGGCUCCCUUCUGGGCCUUCUCAGGGCCCCCUGGGGAGGAUUGAAUCCCAAGGACCAAGUUUUUAGGAUUAACGUCAGAAAUGGAGACGAGAUCAGCAAACUGAGGCAGCUAGUGAAUUCAGACGACUUUAAGCUCAGUGUUUGGAAAUCUCCCUCCACCUUCAGUCGUCUUGUGGAUGUCCUGAUCCCGUCUGUCAGCCUGCAGCCGGUCAAAUCCUUCCUAAAGUCCCAGGGCUUAGAGUACUCAGUGACAAUUGAAGACCUGCAGGCCCUUUUAGAUCAUGAAGAUGAAGAAAUGCAACACAAUGAAGGGCAAGAGCGAAGCAGUAAUAACUUCAACUAUGGGGCCUACCAUUCCUUGGAAGCGAUUUACCAUGAGAUGGAUAGCAUUGCUGGAGAUUUUCCUGAUUUGGCGAGCAGAGUGAAGAUUGGGCAUUCAUUUGAAAACCGGUCCAUGUAUGUACUGAAGUUCAGCACUGCAGAAGGCAGGCGGCGGCCGGCCAUUUGGCUGAACGCAGGCAUCCAUUCCCGGGAGUGGAUCUCGGUGGCCACGGCGAUCUGGACUGCGAGGAAGAUUGCAUCUGAUUAUGGGAAGGACCCAGCCAUCACCUCCAUCUUGGAGAAAAUGGAUAUUUUCUUGUUGCCCGUGGCCAAUCCUGAUGGAUAUGUGUACACACAAACUCAAAACCGAUUAUGGAGGAAGACACGGUCCAUAAAUCCUGGAAGCUCUUGCAUUGGUACUGAUCCAAACAGAAAUUGGAAUGCUAGUUUUGCAGGAGAGGGAGCCAGUGGCAACCCUUGCUCUGAAAUAUACCACGGACCCCAUGCCAAUUCGGAAGUGGAGGUGAAAUCGGUGGUAGAUUUCAUCCAAGAACAUGGGGAUUUCAAAUGCUUCGUCGACCUGCACAGCUACUCACAGCUGCUGAUGUACCCGUAUGGAUACACGGUCAAAAAGGCCCCAGAUGCUGAUGAACUGGACAAGGUGGCAAGGCGUGCGGCCAAAGCUCUGGCUUCCCUGUCGGGCACUACCUACCAAGUGGGUCCCACCUGCACCACUGUCUACCCAGCUAGCGGGAGCAGCAUUGACUGGGCCUAUGAUAAUGGCAUCAAGUAUGCGUUCACAUUUGAGUUGAGAGAUACUGGGCACUAUGGCUUCCUCCUACCAGCCAACCAGAUCAUCCCCACUGCCAAGGAGACCUGGUUGGGGCUGAAGACCAUCAUGGAGCACGUGCGGGACAACCUCUACUAGACGAAGAGCCCCACUCUGUCUUCAGUUAUUUAUCCCCGUGUCUGCAUGUCUGCUGAGGCUCCUAUUAAAGGGAGCUUGUUCUUUCGCAUGUGAAUCAGAGCCCUCUAGCUUUGUGGGGAGCACAGGGCAGCCCCUCCCCAGCCCUCAUCCUUGAAGUUUGUGCAUUCUGGUGGUGCAUCUUGGAGAAGCACUGCCUCUUCCCUGCAGUGUUCUGGUCCUGCUGUUUCACUGGGCCCUUUGUGUGCCCUUCCUUUCACAUAAUUGGUUGGGCAGGCCACACUUAGGGUCACUCCGCAGUGGGUGGCAUGCCUCUACCUCAUUUUUAGAACAAAAAGACAUUUAAGAUGGUUCUCUAGCUUUAUCCAGUCUGGCCUAGCUGGUGACCUUGGUCUGCUAGGGCCCCCAGAGGGGCACCCUGGGAGAGACAAUGCUUAUCUUUGAGAUUAGUCUGUAAGAUGACACAGAACUUCCU